AUGGGGUUUCAUAUUCUUCAGAAUAACAGUUUUGCGUCGUGUUGGAGAUUACGAAUCGAUGUCUACACACAAAAAAAUAGUUUCACAAGAAGUGAAAUUUCCAUUGUGUUUACACGUGGUCAUGUUGUGAAGGCGUUACAAGUUGGAAUUUGCUGUAAUGGAAAGCCACCAUCCUACAGACAUCCCACAGAACUAUCAUCCUACAGACGUCCCUCAGAGCCACCAUCCUACAGACAUCCCACAGAACCACCAUCCUACAGACAUCCCACAGAACUAUCAUCCUACAGACGUCCCUCAGAGCCACCAUCCUACAGACAUCCCACAGAACCACCAUCCUACAGACAUCCCACAGAACUAUCAUCCUACAGACGUCCCUCAGAGCCACCAUCCUACAGACAUCCCACAGAGCCACCAUCCUACAGACAUCCCACAGAGCUAUCAUUCUACAGACAUCCCACAGAGCUAUCAUCCUACAGACAUCCCACAGAGCCACCAUCCUACAGACAUCCCACAGAGCCAUUAUCCUUAGGACAUCCCACAGAGCCACCACCCUACAGACACCCCACAGAGCCACCAUCCUACAGACAUCCCUCAGAGCCAUCAUUCUACAGACAUCCCACAGAGCUAUCAUCCUACAGACAUCCCACAGAGCCACCAUCCUACAGACAUCCCACAGAGCCAUUAUCCUUAGGACAUCCCACAGAGCCACCAUCCUACAGACACCCCACAGAGCCACCAUCCUACAGACACCCCACAGAGCCACCAUCCUACAGACAUCCCACAGAGCCACCAUCCUACAGACACCCCACAGAGCCACCAUCCUACAGACAUCCCACAGAGCCACCAUCCUACAGACACCCCACAGAACACCCCACAGAGCCACCAUCCUACAGACAUCCCACAGAGCCAUUAUCCUUAGGACAUCCCACAGAGCCAUUAUCCUACAGACAUCCCUCAGAGCUAUCAUCCUACAGACAUCCCACAGAACUAUCAUCCUACAGACACCCUACAGAGCCACCAUCCUACAGACAUCCCACAGAGCCAUUAUCCUUAGGACAUCCCACAGAGCCAUUAUCCUACAGACAUCCCUCAGAGCUAUCAUCCUACACACAUCCCACAGAACUAUCAUCCUACAGACACCCUACAGAGCCACCAUCCUACAGACAUCCCAUAGAGCCAUUAUCCUUAGGACAUCCCACAGAGCCAUUAUCCUACAGACAUCCCUCAGAGCUAUCAUCCUACAGACAUCCCUCAGAGCCAUCAUCCUACAGACAUCCCACAGAACUAUCAUCCUACAGACAUCCCACAGAACUAUCAUCCUACAGACACCCCACAGAGCCACCAUCCUACAGACAUCCCAUAGAGCCAUUAUCCUUAGGACAUCCCACAGAGCCAUUAUCCUACAGACAUCCUUCAGAGCUAUCAUCCUACAGACAUCCCACAGAACUAUCAUCCUACAGACACCCUACAGAGCCACCAUCCUACAGACAUCCCAUAGAGCCAUUAUCCUUAGGACAUCCCACAGAGCCAUUAUCCUACAGACAUCCCUCAGAGCUAUCAUCCUACAGACAUCCCUCAGAGCCAUCACCCUACAGACAUCCCACAGAGCCACCAUCCUACAGACAUCCCACAGAACUAUCAUCCUACAGACACCAAACAGAGCCACCAACCAACAGACAUCCCACAGAGCCAUUAUCCUUAGGACAUCCCACAGAGCCAUUAUCCUACAGACAUCCCUCAGAGCUAUCAUCCUACAGACAUCCCUCAGAGCCAUCACCCUACAGACAUCCCACAGAGCCACCAUCCUACAGACAUCCCACAGAACUAUCAUCCUACAGACACCCUACAGAGCCACCAUCCUACAGACAUCCCACAGAGCCAUUAUCCUUAGGACAUCCCACAGAGCCAUUAUCCUACAGACAUCCCUCAGAACUAUCAUCCUACAGACAUCCCUCAGAGCCAUCAUCCUACAGACAUCCCACAGAACUAUCAUCCUACAGACACCCUACAGAGCCACCAUCCUACAGACAUCCCACAGAGCCAUUAUCCUUAGGACAUCCCACAGAGCCAUUAUCCUACAGACAUCCCUCAGAGCUAUCAUCCUACAGACAUCCCUCAGAGCCAUCAUCCUACAGACAUCCCACAGAGCCACCAUCCUACAGACAUCCCACAGAGCCAUCAUCCUACAGACAUUCCACAGAGUCACCAUCCUACAGACAUCCCACAGAACCAUCAUCCUACAGACAUCCCACAGAGCCACCAUCCUACAGAGCCACCAUCCUACAGACAUCCCACAGAGCCAUCAUCCUACAGACAUCCCACAGAGCCAUCAUCCUACAGAGCCACCAUCCUACAGACAUCACACAGAGCAAUCAUCCUACAGACAUCCCACAGAGCCAUCAUCCUACAGACAUCCCACAGAACCACCAUCCCGCAGACAUCCCCACAGAGCUAUCAUCCUGCAGACAUUCCACGGAGCCAUUAUCCUACAGACAUCCCACAGAGCCAUCAUCCUACAGACAUCCCACGGAGCCAUCAUCCUACAGACAUCCCACGGAGCCAUUAUCCUACAGACAUCCCACAGAACCACCAUCCUACAGACAUCCCACAGAGCCAUUAUCCUUAGGACAUCCCACAGAGCCAUUAUCCUACAGACAUCCCUCAGAGCUAUCAUCCUACAGACAUCCCUCAGAGCCAUCAUCCUACAGACAUCCCACAGAGCCACCAUCCUACAGACAUCCCACAGAGCCAUCAUCCGACAGACAUCCACAGAGUCACCAUCCUACAGACAUCCCACAGAACCAUCAUCCUACAGACAUCCCACAGAGCCACCAUCCUACAGAGCCACCAUCCUACAGACAUCCCACAGAGCCAUCAUCCUACAGACAUCCCACAGAGCCAUUAUCCUACAGAGCCACCAUCCUACAGACAUCACACAGAGCAAUCAUCCUACAGACAUCCCACAGAGCCAUCAUCCUACAGACAUCCCACAGACAACCCACAGAGCCAUCAUCCUACCGACAUCCCACAGAGCCAUUAUCCUACAGACAUCCCACAGAACCACCAUCCCGCAGACAUCCUACAGACAUCCCACGGAGCCAUCAUCCUACAGACAUCCCACGGAGCCAUUAUCCUACAGACAUCCCACAGAACCACCAUCCUACAGACAUCCCACAGAGCCACCAUCCGACAGACAUCCCACAGAACCACCAUCCUACAGACAUCCCACAGGGCCACCAUCCUACAGACAUCCCACAGAAUCUCCAUCCUACAGACAUCCCUCAGAGCCACCAUCCUACAGACAUCCCACAAAGCCACCAUCCCACAGACAUCCCACAGAGCCACCAUCCUACAGACAUCCCACAGAACCACCAUCCUACAGACAUCCCACAGAGCCAUAUAGCAGCUUGA